CUUCUCUGUCAUACUUUUCUUUUGCUCGUUGCGUAUUUGCAUAUUACAUGCCGCUUCUUUCCUAUUCCGUGUUGCUCGUACUUGUAAUAACGAGUUAUGCAUUCAACUGGACAUCGCUCAUUCUACCCAAAUGGUUGACGGUAACGUUGACGGAUGGAACGAUGCGAUCCUACGGCUUAUUUCAACUCUGUCACAGUGGCACCAACGAGGCAUGUCAAGCAUUUCCAGGUUCAGCGGAAAAAUGCGCUGCGACAGGAAUGCUAUGUCCUAUCUGGCAAACAGCAGGAGCAGGGAUGAUCUUGGCAGGCGUGGUAGGUGCCUUGGCGAUCGUUGCGGUGAUCGGAACAAUGUGUAGCAUUGGCCGUAAAAGGGAUAGAGGAUGGAAGGUUGUGUCAGUCAUGCUUGUGCUGCAUGCCGUGCCCGGUGCUGUGUCGGUCCUGAUCAUGGCACAUUUGUGCACGUCCUUGCAAGGCACUCGGUGUGACGUUGCGUUCUUCCUGGCAACCGCUGCUUUGGUAAUGAAUCUGUUGCUGGCCUUGAUUGUCUCCUAUUUUACCAAGGCAACGCCGUCUUCAUCGUCCUAUGCGUAUGAACCGUUAGAGCAUUGAAUUGUUCCAGUAAGAAGAAGAAGAAGGGAUCGAUCAUUGAAAUAGUGUAUGGGAUUGGCAAGUCUGUGACACGUACACAUCUAUUGUUCUCGACUACCGGGUUUCUGCUGCAAUCGCCAAAGAGAGUGAGAGAUAGAGAGUGUGUGUACUUAAAUAAAAUCAAGGGAUAUAUGCACCAUGUAUAGGCACAUAGUGCCAGUUAGUAUGUAAAGUGUUGUGCAUGCCGAGAUAAAGCCAGAAGGGCCUUUUUUUCCA